AAGCAAACAAGGACUUUCAUCAUCUCUUCCCCUCUCUUUCUCCCAUCGUCACAAGAAACACUAGAAAAAAAAUGAGCCAACAACUUGAUGAAUUGCUAGGGAACAUCACUGGCGACGAGCUCCUCGAAGCUCAGGCUCGCGCCUGGAACUACAGCUUCAACUACAUCGUCUCCAUGGCGCUGAAAUGCGCCGUCGAGCUCGGCGUCCCCGACGCCGUCUCAAAGUCACCGGAGCAACCCAUCUCCCUCACCAACCUCGCCACCGCCCUGCCGCUUCACCCUUCCAAAAACGACGCCCUGCGCCGCCUCAUGCGUCCCCUCGUCCACGCCGGCUUCUUCACACUCCAAAAUCGAGUCAAAGGCGAAGGGGAAGGGGAAGGAGAAGGAGAAGAAGAAGAUCAUUACUCCCUCACCACCGCCGGGAAGCUGUACCUCCGCGGCGGCUUCGGGCCGUCGUACCUCGACCUCCACCUCGACCCCACCACGAUGACGUCGUGGGGGAUGCUGAGCGCGUGGUUCCUCUACAGCGCCGACGCCGUCCCUUUCGAGGCGGGCCACGACGGCGCGUCGUUUUGGGAGUGCCUGGAGAAGGACCCCGUACAGAAAAAGUCUUUCCACGACUCCAUGGCCGCCGACUCCGUGCUGGUGGCCGGGGUUCUGGUGGCGGAGUGCAGGGAGGUGUUCGACGGGGUGGAGUCGCUGGUGGACGUCGGCGGCGGGACCGAAACCAUGGCCGUCGCUAUUGCCAAGUCGUUCCCUAAGAUGGAGUGCACCGUUUUUGACCUCCCUCAUGUGGUUGCUAAUGUGAAGGAGGAGGAGGAGAGCGGCGUGGAGAAUUUUCGUGUUGUUGGAGGGAACAUGUUCGAUGGAAUUCCCCCUGCUGAUGCCGUCCUCCUCAAGACGAUCCUUCACGAUUGGGACGACGAGAAAUGCUUGGAGAUUCUGAAAUCCUGCCGGGAGGCGGUCUCCGGCCGGGACGAGAAGAAGAAGAAAGGGAAAGUGAUCAUCAUAGACAUGGUGGUCGGAAACGGGGACGUCGUCGGGAACCGGGAGAUGUACCAGGCGCAGUUCAGCUUCGAUCUGCUGAUGUUUGCUACUUUCAACGGCAAGGAGCGAGACGAGGAAGAGUGGCGGAGCCUGUUUCUAGCGGCGGGUUUCAGCGGCGGCUAUAAGAUCAUUCGUUCACUGGGUCCGAGAUCGCUCAUCGAAGCCUAUCCUUAG